AUGUCGACAGAAAUCAAGCCAAUCAAGAUGUGGGGAAAAGCAGGACCGAACCCAUCUAAAGUCCAUAUCAUCCUACUGGAACUCGGCAUACCCCAUGAACUCAUCGACGUUCCCUUCUCUGAUGUGAAAAGCCCGGAGUACGUCAAGGUUAAUCCAAACGGAAGACUGCCAACGAUCCACGACCCGAACACCAACAUCACUCUUUGGGAAUCCGGCGCAAUAAUCGAGUACUUGAUCGAACGAUACGACACCAAGCAUACCCUCAGCUUUCUAGCAGGGACUCUAGAAUACUAUCAUGCUAAGCAAUGGCUUUUCUACCAAGUCACCGGACAAGGUCCAUACUUCGGGCAAGCAGUAUGGUUCAAAAUCUACCAUCACGAGCAGCUCGAAAGCGCCAAGGAACGUUACAAUCAAGAAGUCAAUCGUGUGACGGGUGUGUUGGAUAGCUACUUGGCUCAGCAGAAAGAGAAAUAUUCUGGCGUCGAGGGAUUUGAUGGACCAUGGCUUGUCGGCAACAAGGCAUCAUAUGCAGAUAUCGCGUUCGUCACCUAUCAAACUAUUCUUGCAUUCCUUCUCGGAAAGGAUGCAUUCGAUAUGGACAAGUAUCCACAUGCCCAAGAUUGGCUUGCCAGAGUUUCUGCGAGGCCCGCGGUGAAGGAAGGUCUUGCAGCAAUGAUUGCUGAGGCGGGUAAGAAGUAG